AUGCCGUUGGUAGUGCAGCAGCAAUAUCAGCAUCGAACCAAGCCCGAUUCGGAGGAAGAGGGACGCAUCACCAAUGCAGCGGCGCCAGCACCGGUAUCCGCACCACAAAGAGACGCUUUGGCGUCGAUAGGGACUACGCCUGCGGAUGGCGCACAGACACGUCGAUCAAGCAGCAGUGACUACUCACAUCUCCUCACUCUGGCUCAGCCUCAACUGACCGCGUCGGAGAAGACCCUUUUUGCCCUCUUCAGAAGCGCACAGAAGGAGCGACAACUCGUGCGACUGCAGCGGUCGACGGUGCGGCCGGAGCGCUUCAUCAUGGAGGGGAGCGGUGCGGGUAUUGGUGUGGCGCACGACAGACGUCCGUCCCCCUUCACUGACCCUCUUCUCCACCUACGCGACUUGGAGGAGCCGUGCCUGCUGAUCCCCGACACGCGCGACACCUUCGUGUCCCUGGGAUUGACGGUGGGCCUUCACCCCACCACCGACACUCCUGCUUCACCUACAUCUGCGUGUGCGUCUCUAGCGGGUGGUUCUGCUGCUGCACGCACGCCUCCUGCACUUUCACCUUCGUCACCCGCCUCCGAUGUAGGACUCGCGGCGCAUGCUGCAGCUACUGCUGACAGUACCAUAAUGGACGCCUUUCAUAUUGGUCUCGCGUGCACCUCCACUCACUACCGAUCUGAUUACACAAGUCUCCCCGAGCACUACGUGCUCGGGGUGCCGACGGCGCUACUGAGUCUCCUACGCUCCAACUCCUCGAUCAGCAAGCACGAGGUUCAGAAAAGGAAGUGCAGCGCAGACGCGUGGCGCAGUCGGUCCCAGACACCCGUGGAUCUCUCCCGUUGGCUCGCCUUCGACAUGGCUACGUCGCAGGUGCUGCUGCGGCGUCGCGGCGUGCCGAGUACGAAUGAUCCACUGGUGCCCACCUGGGUAGCUGCACUGGAGUCGCAGGUCUUUCUCGCGCACACAUACAGCUUCGACCCCAAGAGCGCCUACCAGGCGGCAGCGCUUCAGGCAGGAGUGCCGGUUCCGCCAUCAGCUCGAAGUGCAGAAUCUAGCACGUCAGCAAGCGAGGCUUCAAUGCCCAUGAUGAAGAUGACAUCGCCGCCACUCUACAGUCUCUUCUUCUUUACUGUGGCGCGAGGCCAGGCGACGGCCAACUCCCGCAUCUCUCCUAUUCACGCGGGUGUACUCUACCCGUCAUGCUUCUUCAGCUACAUGUCGGAGGUGCCUACAACACAGCAUCUGGCAGCGGAAAUGGCGACAGUAGCGGCGCAGUUCCCUCGCUUGAACCAUGCUGGCGAUUCCAAGCCCUCAAUGCUGAUGUCAUCCGCCAUGGGUGCUGGCCCCGUGGACAACGCCUCUUUCUUUGUGCCGAUAUCUGGCAAGCGACUGCGUCUGGGUGCCAGCGCCUCGUCGUCUACACCAGCGCAUCUGUGGACGGCGCAACUGCAGAGUCGGAAGCUGGGAGCCAUCGCCGUUUCCGCUCCCGCGCCUUCGUCAUCGCCUUAUGUGAAGCAGGCGGAGCUGAUGACGACAGGCUGCAGACCUCAGGCGGACUCGUCUGCGCUCAGGAGCCAAGGGGGGCGAGACUCGUGGCGGCAAAGCGUGGUGUGUCAGAAGAUGAGCGAAAGUUUUCGUAUAUGGCGGGAGGCCGUGGCUUCCCGUGCGUCUUCGUUACCCCUGCGCACCUCCACCAGUGCAACGGCAUCUGCGGAGGACAGCGCCCCCUCACGGGCACCGCCGCCGAUGGCGGAUGGGCAGCAGCGUCUACCGGCACCAUUACCCCGACCAGAGCAUCCACGGCAGAUUAACAAGCUGAUGGGCUCUGUGCCAUGGCCACCUGCAUCAUGUGAGCACGGAAGGGAGGCAGGCCACCGAUCGCGACUGGAGGAACAACUCGAUGCGGAGGGCGUAGCGCUGAUCUCUGAUGAUGGCACAUUAAGCCAAGAAUGGAGCGCCGGGUUCCGCUUCGGUCGAGUGGCCAUCGCGGUGGCAAUGCCACUGCUCUUUCCCAUAUCCACAGUGGUAACAGACGCAGCGGCGGCUUCCAACCCUCUGCCAGCAGCACAACAGGGGUUACAGACAAGCGGCGCCAACGCGGCCAUAAAUGCCGCCGUGCGUGUCAUAGACGCGCCUUUGGCGGACGCUCUGUGGAGCGUCCUCUACGCGCCUGUAGCCGCUACCUCACCGUCACCAGCGACUUUGUCAGGGCCCUUUACCCCACAUUCCUCAUUUUUUUCCUCCACUGUGACCGGCACCGCCAACGCCGCCGCCGAAACAGUCAUGGCUUCUGUUCUCCCAAUGGCGGAGGAUCGCCUCAUGCUCGCCCGUGAGCGAGUGCUGCUUCCUUUCUUGCUGCAUCAGCCACGGUGGGUGCUACCGUGGAGCGACUUGCAUGGUGAGCUGCCUUCCUCGUCGCCACCGGUGUCAGACACUGGCAAAGGCUUGCGUUCUGCUUGUAAGAGCAACGGCCCAUCACCAGUGAACGUGUGCCCGUCCCUGUGGCGUCUUGAUGAGCUGGAGCAGAUAUGCGGCUGGCGGCGCCAUCGCUUGCCAUUCAACGACGCUUUCGGCAGUUUUUCUGGUCUACUUAUCCACGAUCUUUACAUCAUGAUUGGUCGGAAGACAUCGGCUAUGCUGCCGGGCCCGAUCCCUGCAACGACUCUAAGGGUGGGGCAGGCGGGCAAGCAGCAGGCAACGCUGUCUCCGGUUGUCUUGCUCAACGAUGUGGUGUAUGUGGAAAGGGUGCUACUGCCAGCGAUGCGGUGCUUUGCGGCCAACACGUGCACGUGGGUAGAGGGUGGCCUCUGUGUGUAUCGCAGUCCGUACGAGGCGCUGUCCACUGAGAUGUGCUACGAGGCCGAAGGCGAUUUCACUAUCAGCAAGAAACCCAACACUUCCUCAUUGCCACGUGUCGCACCACAGCAGUGGGACUCGAAGACGUCGUGCAAUGAUGAGCCGGCCGAGUUGCCAGCGGAAACCGCGGUGGAAGUUGCGCUUCACCACUGGCAGCUGUCACUCUGGCUGAAGCAGCUACAACGCACCUCACAUAAGCUUCUUAGACGGUGGCUGGCGGAGUGCCAUGGCCGUACGUCUUUGGACCCAGCACUGGAAGCUCGAGUAAGGAGGCGGACUGGUGGGGUACCAGCAGCGUGUCUCGCGUUCUUUGUCGGCUCAUGCUCCACUGCGCCGUCCAUGCUCUCUUCACGUGCCUCACCGGCUCCCUACGACGGCGGCAGUGGCGGCGGCGACGACCAUGAUGAUCUCGGCGACUUCACCGCUGUCGCCGCUUCUGCCGAGGCGAUCGAGAAGGGUCUUCAACGCCUUCUCUCUCUCACUCCCGAUCGCAUUGCUGUCGUCCCGCUGUUGGAUUUUGUGGUAUGGGGUGCGCUGUGCUCCGACUUCGCCGCCGCCUCCAUGCAGCGCCUCGCACAUGCCGCGGAUGGGUGUCGUGCGGCGCUUGACGCCUCCGCAGACGGCCUGACAGCGGUGAAGUACUGCGUGCGCUAUCCUCGGCACCUCUGCUGUCAUGGGGGCCGAGGAGCAACAGUGGCGCUUCUUUGUUGA